ACGCCCAUUACCGUGCCUACCGUGGAGAGUUUAGAUUGAUGAACGAGCUGCUGAAGUUAAUUUGCUAACAUUCCAAUUUUCCUUCUAGAAGGAAGGGUUUCAGCUUUCCCGAUUGUGAAGAGGACCGUGUAAACUAAUAUGUCCCGUCAAACGAGUCGUUUGGAUGCCAAGAAAGUGAAUUCGGAGCUAUUUACUUUGACCUACGGUGCUCUGGUUACGCAGCUAAUCAAAGAUGUAGACAAUGUUGAUGAUGUCAAUAAGCAGUUGGAGCGGAUGGGAUACAACAUUGGUGUCAGAUUAAUUGAAGACUUUCUUGCUCGGUCAGGCUCAGGCAAAUGCUAUGAUUUUCGGGACACAUCAGAAAAAAUACAGUUGGCCACUCGCAUGUACUUGGGCGUCAGCCCUACAAUCAGCAACUGGAGUCCUAGUGGAGACGAGUUUUCGCUAGUGAUGGACAGUAAUCCAAUCACAGACUUUGUGGAGCUGCCUGAUUCACACAUGGGAUUGAAGUACUCGAACAUGCUUCUCGGCGUAAUCCGAGGUUCUUGCGAGAUGGUCCAACUUGAAGUUUCAUGCUGGUUCGCCCAGGACCAACUAAAAGGGGACAACACCACUGAAAUCAGAGUCAAGCUGUUGAGGAAGCUGGAAGACUCUGUGCCUGCAGGAGAAGACUAAAUAACCCUUCAAAUUUCCAUUUGUUAUCUUAAUUUUGCUCUAGGGAUAUCACUGAAUGUAUGUUAAACUUAAAUAUAAUGAAACAUAAACAUUUUGUAAAUAA